ACGGUCCCACGUCACGCCGUUUAAAUCCCCACCACCACCCCACCCUCUCUCUCUCACACCUUUUCUUCUUCCUCUUUCGCAUGACUGCCACAACGACGAAUGCCAAGAGUUUCUCUCUCCCACUCUGUUGCUCUGUGAAACCCUAGUUUUGUAUUUGGGUUAUUGUAAUAGUUUGUCACUUUGUUGUGUAUGAGUGAUAAUGGGAUCUGCUUGUUGCGUUGCUGCAAGAGAUAGAAGUAGGACCCUUCCCGACAGAACUGUUGGUGAAAAUUUACACAGGAAUGUGACAUGCUCUCCGACUUGGAGCUUCCGGUGGGAAAAUCGUAGACGUGUUGCUGGUGAAAUUGAUGAUUCUCCCUCUCAAGUCUCUCAUGGAAUCAGCGAGAAUCUUGGUGUGGAGAUGAAAGAGGCUUUAGAUUCUGAGAGAGGCAAUGUUUCUGAUGAAGGAAGUCCACUUGAGAACAUGGGGACUCCUGUUUCUCUAAAGUCAGAAGUCCACGAAGCUGUUGUAGGUUCGAGUAUGAUGACUCCACUGUCAGAUUUAUCCAUGGUGAGCAAUAACUCUAUAGAGGUGAAGAACUUGGCUGAAUCACCAGUCGUUGCAGAUCUAUCAGCCUCAAAAUUUUCAUUUUCCAUACCCUCUCCGUUUUUGAUGCCUGUUGGUGAUCCUUUUUCAACCCGUGUGCAACUCCCUCCCAACUCCACCCCUUCCCGCCGGCCUCGCCGUUCGCCUGGGUACAGGCUAUUAAGACAGGUGUCAGAUAGCCGAAUCCUGGGGUUGAAAUUGCCAAAUGAAUAUGCUGAAUCUGAUGGAAGGCCGUCAUUUCUACACUCCACCUGCAGCAAUGACUUGACCACUGGAUCCCAUGGUGGGUCGUCUGAUGGUUGGUCCAUGCGCACCUUUACUGAGCUUGUUGCCUCUUCUCAGAGAGAGAGGUGGUCGUUUGACAGUGAGCACUUGGGUUCUGUCCAUGGUAGGAUAGGUGAAUCUAGUGGCAGGCUCUCAUAUUCUCCCUCUGUAGAGUUGCAAACUUGUAGCUCUUGCUCAAAGCUCUUGACAGAGAGAUCUUCAUGGAGCUGCAACGAGCUCGCAGUUGCUGCCGUACUGGUUUGUGGUCAUGUUUAUCAUGCUGAGUGCCUGGAGACACUUACGCAAGAGCCCAAUAGGUAUGACCCAGCUUGCCCAAUAUGCAUGGUUGGAGAAAACCAAGUACUGAAGAUGUCUAGGAAAGCUUCGAGAGUGGAGGCAGAUUUAAGGGCAAAAACCCAUAAGAUAUCUAGAAAUCGAGUCAGAGACAGUUACCUUGAUGGUGGUUUUGGUAAUAUCGAUCACCAAAGCGAUGAGCAACAAGUAGGAAAAGCUCCCAAGAUGGAAGCCAGCUCUAGUUCAAGGAGUGGCUUUUCCAAGCCUUUUUUGAAACGACACUUUUCAAUUGGGACCAAGUGGAGGAGAUCCUCAUCAGAGAAUGGUUUAACCACGAGGAAGGGGUUUUGGGCUAGGUAUCGCAAAUAUUUAGCCCCAUAGUGAUUAGGUGCGAGCAACGUUGUCUUCUACCCCAGUAAAUGCUAGAUGAUAGCAUUCUCUUGGAGGUAUUUUAGCUUGGUUGAUGAAUCAGCUGAUUUUGUUUUACCAACUUACAGCCUCACACAAGAAAUUCUGGUGCCACUGAAACUGUGAAAUUGAAGACGAAGGCUGCUUAUAGUAAUACCUCCUCAACUACAAUGCUAUAGGUCAAAUUCCUUGUCCAUGUAAUCCCUCUGAUUAUUGCAGCCCUCCAUGAAGGGGGUUUUCUGUUUGAAUUACACGGGCUUGAGUUGGGUUUGCUUUUGUAGCCUGCUGGAAAUCUGAUCAGAAUAAAACUUAUGGUUUGGGAAAUCUUGUGGAAAUGAUCUUGUUUUAUAGUGAAGGUAAAGGGAAUGAAUCUAUUUUAUUGCGUUAUAUU